AUGUGUGGUUACAACGCCUUUAGGUUGUCCGAUAACCGGGCUAACCUAGGGGCGAGGUUUUCGAAAGGUGUCCUUGGGUUGUCCGAUAACCGGGCUAACCCAAGGACUUUAUUUAUUUUGGGUUCUAUGGAGUCGCCACCGAUGUUUUUACCGGAAACAUCGGAAAAGAGGGUGCUUUUUGGCAGCCCUUCACUCUACAAGACGUCUGAAACUCUUCUAGACGCCGAAAAAACGCUCUCAAAGGCACUCAAAAACUCCGGAAAUGCAGCCCCUAUUUAUAAGUUUUCGCGCCUGGCAGUGGCGAGACCGCCGGUCUCGUCUGACAGGGUCGAGACCGCCGUCUCGUCCAACGAGACCGCCGUCUCGACCUGGCAAACGCGGCGAGACCGCCGUCUGGGGAAACGAGACCGCCGUCUCGCCCUUCGCAGGUGGCGAGACCGCCGUCUCGUCAAGCGAGACGACGGUCUCGCCACUUGCAUGAGGCGAGACGGCGGUCUGGGAAAUCCAGACGGCGUUCUCGUCUCAACAAGGCGAGAAAACUUAUUUUUUGCGCAGAAACUCCCUCCUAUCCUAGUAUGGGGCCUAAUAGUCUCUCCUAAUGGCUUGUUAGGCUUCGUCCAUCUUCAAAUAGGAG